AUGUUUCCCGGCGUUCCCCUGCAACAGCUUGGACAAACUGUGGUGUGCGACACUUCUGUUGGGCUUGUGUGCAAAAACCAAGACCAGAAGACAGUGGGAGCCACCCCCAUGCCUUACUGCCUCAACUAUGAGAUCAAUGUCUACUGCUGUGUUCCUCGCCCUGGCUGCACCACAACACGUCCCAGCACCACCUCGGGGACACGAACUCCAACACCCACCACCACCUCAACAGAGCCUCCAACUUCGACCUCCACCACCACCGAGACCUCAACCCCCAGCACGACCACCACCACGGAGACCACAACCACCAGCACCACCACCACCACUGAGACCACAACCCCCAGCACCACCACCACCACGGGGACCUCAACCCCCAGCACGACAACCACCUCGGAGACCACAACCCCCAGCACGAUCACCACCACGGAGACCACCACCCCCAGCACCACCACCACCACGGGGACCACAACCCCCAGCACCACCACCACAACGGAGACAACAACCCCCAGCACGACAACCACCUCGGAGACCACAACCCCCAGCACGAUCACCACCACGGAGACCAUUACCCCUCCAUGUGUGCCUGUCUGCAAUUGGACCGGCUGGUUGGAUUCUGCUAAACCGAACUUUACCAAAGAAGGUGGAGACGUUGAAUCCGUUGAGAAUGUUUGUAAAAUGGGCUCAGUAGCCAGCAUCUCCUGCAGAGCCGCCAUGUUUCCCGGCGUUCCCCUGCAACAGCUUGGACAAACUGUGGUGUGCGACACUUCUGUUGGGCUUGUGUGCAAAAACCAAGACCAGAAGCCAGGGGGAGCCACCCCCAUGCCUUACUGCCUCAACUAUGAGAUCAAUGUCUACUGCUGUGUUCCUCGCCCUGGCUGCACCACAACACGUCCCAGCACCACCUCGGGGACACGAACUCCAACACCCACCACCACCUCAACAGAGCCUCCAACUUCGACCUCCACCACCACCGAGACCUCAACCCCCAGCACGACCACCACCACGGAGACCACAACCACCAGCACCACCACCACCACUGAGACCACAACCCCCAGCACCACCACCACCACGGGGACCUCAACCCCCAGCACGACAACCACCUCGGAGACCACAACCCCCAGCACGAUCACCACCACGGAGACCACCACCCCCAGCACCACCACCACCACGGGGACCACAACCCCCAGCACCACCACCACAACGGAGACAACAACCCCAAGCACGACAACCACCUCGGAGACCACAACCCCCAGCACGAUCACCACCACGGAGACCAUAACCCCUCCAUGUGUGCCUGUCUGCAAUUGGACCGGCUGGUUGGAUUCUGCUAAACCGAACUUUACCAAAGAAGGUGGAGACGUUGAAUCCGUUGAGAAUGUUUGUAAAAUGGGCUCAGUAGCCAGCAUCUCCUGCAGAGCCGCCAUGUUUCCCGGCGUUCCCCUGCAACAGCUUGGACAAACUGUGGUGUGCGACACUUCUGUAGGGCUUGUGUGCAAAAACCAAGACCAGAAGCCAGGGGGAGCCACCCCCAUGCCUUACUGCCUCAACUAUGAGAUCAAUGUCUACUGCUGUGUUCCUCGCCCUGGCUGCACCACAACACAUCCCAGCACCACCUCGGGGACAGGAAGUCCAACACCCACCGCCACCUCAACAGAGCCUCCAACUUCGACCUCCACCACCACCGAGACCUCAACCCCCAGCACGACCACCACCACGGAGACCACAACCCCCAGCACCACCACCACCACGGAGACAACAACCCCCAGCACCACCACCACCACGGGGACCACAACCCCCAGCACGACCACCACCACGGGGACCACAACCCCCAGCACCACCACCACCACGGGGACCACAACCCCCAGCACCACCACCACAACGGAGACAACAACCCCCAGCACGACAACCACCUCGGAGACCACAACCCCCAGCACGAUCACCACCACGGAGACCACCACCCCCAGCACCACCUCCACCACGGGGACCACAACCCCCAGCACCACCACCACAACAGAGACAACAACCCCCAGCACGACAACCACCUUGGAGACCACAACCCCCAGCACGAUCACCACCACGGAGACCAUAACCCCUCCAUGUGUGCCUGUCUGCAAUUGGACCGGCUGGUUGGAUUCUGCUAAACCGAACUUUACCAAAGAAGGUGGAGACGUUGAAUCCGUUGAGAAUGUUUGUAAAAUGGGCUCAGUAGCCAGCAUCUCCUGCAGAGCCGCCAUGUUUCCCGGCGUUCCCCUGCAACAGCUUGGACAAACUGUGGUGUGCGACACUUCUGUUGGGCUUGUGUGCAAAAACCAAGACCAGAAGACAGUGGGAGCCACCCCCAUGCCUUACUGCCUCAACUAUGAGAUCAAUGUCUACUGCUGUGUUCCUCGCCCUGGCUGCACCACAACACGUCCCAGCACCACCUCGGGGACACGAACUCCAACACCCACCACCACCUCAACAGAGCCUCCAACUUCGACCUCCACCACCACCGAGACCUCAACCCCCAGCACGACCACCACCACGGAGACCACAACCACCAGCACCACCACCACCACUGAGACCACAACCCCCAGCACCACCACCACCACGGGGACCUCAACCCCCAGCACGACAACCACCUCGGAGUCCACAACCCCCAGCACGAUCACCACCACGGAGACCACCACCCCCACCACCACCACCACCACGGGGACCACAACCCCCAGCACCACCACCACAACGGAGACAACAACCCCCAGCACGACAACCACCUCGGAGACCACAACCCCCAGCACAAUCACCACCACGGAGACCAUAACCCCUCCAUGUGUGCCUGUCUGCAAUUGGACCGGCUGGCUGGAUUCUGCUAAACCGAACUUUACCAAAGAAGGUGGAGACGUUGAAUCCGUUGAGAAUGUUUGUAAAAUGGGCUCAGUAGCCAGCAUCUCCUGCAGAGCCGCCAUGUUUCCGAGCAUUGCCCUGCAAGAGCUUGGACAAAGUGUGGUGUGCGAUACUUCUGUAGGGCUUGUGUGCAAAAACGAAGACCAGAAGCCAGGGGGAGCCACCCCCAUGCCUUACUGCCUCAACUAUGAGAUCAAUGUCUAUUGCUGUGUUCCUCGCCCUGGCUGCACCACAACACGUCCCAGCACCACCUCGGGGACACGAACUCCAACACCCACCACCACCUCAACAGAGCCUCCAACUUCGACCUCCACCACCACGGAGACCUCAACCCCCAGCACGACCACCACCACGGAGACCACAACCCCCAGCACCACCACCACCACGGAGACCACAACCCCCAGCACGACAACCACCUCGGAGACCACAACCCCCAGCACCACCACCACCACGGGGACCACAACCCCCAGCACCACCACCACAACGGAGACAACAACCCCCAGCACGACAACCACCUCGGAGACCACAACCCCCAGCACGAUCACCACCACGGAGACCAUAACCCCUCCAUGUGUGCCUGUCUGCAAUUGGACCGGCUGGUUGGAUUCUGCUAAACCGAACUUUACCAAAGAAGGUGGAGACGUUGAAUCCGUUGAGAAUGUCUGUAAAAUGGGCUCAGUAGCCAGCAUCUCCUGCAGAGCCGCCAUGUUUCCCGGCGUUCCCCUGCAACAGCUUGGACAAACUGUGGUGUGCGACACUUCUGUAGGGCUUGUGUGCAAAAACCAAGACCAGAAGCCAGGGGGAGCCACCCCCAUGCCUUACUGCCUCAACUAUGAGAUCAAUGUCUACUGCUGUGUUCCUCGCCCUGGCUGCACCACAACACAUCCCAGCACCACCUCGGGGACAGGAAGUCCAACACCCACCACCACCUCAACAGAGCCUCCAACUUCGACCGCCACCACCACCGAGACCUCAACCCCCAGCACGACCACCACCACGGAGACCAGAACACCCAGCACGACCACCAGCACGGAGACCACCACCCCCAGCACGACCACCAGCACGGAGACCACAACCCUCAGUACGACUACCACCACGGAGACCAGAACCCCAGCACCAUCCAUCAGCACCACCUCAACAGGGACUCCUACUCCGACACCCACCACCACCUCCACAGUGACCCCAACCCCAACACUCACCACCUCAACAGAGCCUCCAAGUUCGACCUCCAAGAGCACAGAGACCACAACCCCCAGCACGAUCACCAGCCCGGAGACCACAACCCCUCCAUGUGUGCCUGUUUGCAAUUGGACCGGCUGGUUGGAUUCUGCUAAACCGAACUUUACCAAAGAAGGUGGAGACGUUGAAUCCGUUGAGAAUGUCUGUAAAAUGGGCUCAGUAGCCAGGAUCUCCUGCAGAGCCGCCAAGUUUCCCGGCGUUCCCCUGCAACAGCUUGGACAAACUGUGGUGUGCGACACUUCUGUUGGGCUUGUGUGCAAAAACCAAGACCAGAAGCCAGGGGGAGCCACCCCCAUGCCUUACUGCCUCAACUAUGAGAUCAAUGUCUACUGCUGUGUUCCUCGCCCUGGCUGCACCACAACACAUCCCAGCACCACCUCGGGGACACGAACUCCAACACCCACCGCCACCUCAACAGAGCCUCCAACUUCGACCUCCAGCACCACCGAGACCUCAACCCCCAGCACGACCACCACCACGGAGACCACAACCCCCAGCACCACCACCACCACGGGGACCACAACCCCCAGCACCACCACCACCACGGAGACCACAACCCCCAGCACAACCACCACCACGGAGUCCACAACUCCUACACCCACAAUCAGCACUACCUCAACAGGGAAUCGUAGUCCGACACCCACCACCACCUCCACAUUGACCCCAACCCCAACACUCACCACCUCAACAGAGCCUCCAACUUCGAAGUCCACCACCACGGAGACCACAACCCCCACGACAACCACCACCACGGAGUCCACAACUCCUACACCCACCAUCAGCACCACCUCCACAGGGACUGCUACUCUGAAACCCACCACCACCUCCACAGUGACCCCAACCCCAACACUCACCACCACAACAGAGCCUCCAAGUUCGACCUCCACCACCACGGAGACCACAACCCACAGCACGACCACCAGCACGGAGACCACAACCCCCGGCACGACCACCAACACGGAGACCACCACCCCCAGCACAAGCACCAGCACGGAGACCACAACCCCCAGCAAGACCACCACCACAGAGACCACAACCCCCAGCACGACCACCAGCACGGAGACCACAACCCCCAGCACUACCAUCACUACAGAGACCACAACCCCCAGCACAACCACCACCACGGAGACCACAACCCCCAGCACGACCACCAGCACGGAGACCACAACCCCCAGCACGACCACCACCACGGAGACCAUAACCCCCAGCACGACCACCAGCACGGAGACCACAACCCCCAGCACGACCACCAGCACGGAGACCACAACCCCCGGCACGUCCACCAGCACGGAGACCACCACCCCCAGCACAAGCACCAGCACGGAGACCACAACCCCCAGCACGACCACCACCACGGAGACCACAACCCCCAGCACGACCACCACCCCGGCGACCACAACCCCCAGCACAACCUCCAACAUGGGGACCACAACCCCCAGCACGACCAGCAGCACGGAGACCACAACCCCAACACCCACCAGCAGCACCACCUACACAGGGACUCCUACUCCGACACCCACCACCACCUCCACAGUGACCCCAACCCCAACACUCACCACCUCCACACAGACUCCAACUUUUACCUCCACCACCACCGAGACGAGAACCCCACGCAGUACCAUCACCAUGGAGAUCACCUCCCCCAGCUCGACCACCACCACAGGGACCUCAACGACCAGCACGACUACCCCUACGCAGACCCCGAUUAUGUCCUCCCACAGCACCACCAUAACCGGCCCAGUUGUCAGCACCAUAGUGCCAUGCUGCGAGUUGAAUGGAGAAUACCUCAUCCCAGGUGUGUCCCCAGGCUUGUCGCCCGGUUCCCUGGCUGCACACGUUGUUUUCGCGCCUGCUGUGCUCGUGCUCUGGGGAAUCGUGCUGGGGAAGAGGCCCCACACUCUGCAGCUUGGCUGUUGGGAAAGUGUGUCGUGGGCUGUCCUCUCGUGGACACCAGGGGACCUCCCUGUGUCCUCUGGUGGCCGCCCUGUGUGGGUGGUGUAG